AUGCAACGAAUAGAGGAGCAUUAUAACAAAUUAAAAAAUCAACUUCAAAGUCUUCAAAAUGCUAAAAAAAAUUUAGCUAAAUCACAACCUUAUGAAGCAAAAGACUUUCUUAAACAAAGCAUCUUACCUAAACAUCAACAGGAAAAACACGCAAAAAGAGAAUCAUUGCUUGAUGAUGAGGAUCUCAAACUGGUGACUUGUACCUGGUUACGUUUUAUUCUACCAAAAGAUCAUUCCCCUUUAGCACUAAAGAAAGAAUUAGAAACAAAUAUCUUUCCUAAAUUGCUUGGAGUCUAUUUCGAUAGAUAUAAACAUGAAGACGUGCGAGAAUAUCAUAAAGAAUGGGUGAUGAGAAUGAUGAAUUAUCAAAAAAAAAUAGAACAAUAUGAUGGUAAUAAGAUGGAAAAUGUCAUACCUCCAGAACAGCUUGAAAUUUGGGAUAUGCGCCAUGUUUUGGUUACUCAUGAUGAAAUAGAAGAUAAAGAGUCCAUUAUCAAGAAAAAAGGCCAAGGGUUAGCAAUUAUGGUUAGUGUCUUCUUGUGUGCAUGCUAUAGUCCUUUGCACCUUACAGAGGCUGAUGCUAUACGACUUGGGCUGGACCGAGAGGCCCAAGUUAUUAUAAAGCCAGGACAACAAGCUGAUAGUUAUUGGAAAAAAUUGCAAACACGACAACAACCUUUUAUUAUUGGUUUUAAUAAUAACAAUGCGGAUGAAAAAAAUUCUGAACAAUUUUUUCCUCAUGCAUCUUUUUGUUUACCAGAUGUUUCCUUUAGCGAUGUUCAUAAACAAGUUAACUAUCGCAAAACAUAUGUAACGAUUAAUAGAUUGUCUAAAAAAGCAAUUCAAACUAGGAUAGAUGCUGGCUCUAAUGCUAUACAAGAACUAGAAAAUUUUAUGAACGGUUUUAUUACUAAGUACACACCAAAAAAAAAGAAACCCCGAUUCAUAAAAAGAACAAGAGGCAAUAUGAAUAUGAAAAUGAGACUAGUUCAAGUUAUAGUUCUAGUGAUGAAGAAGGUUUUAUUGCAGUUGAAAACCCAAUUGUUCGCUCGAAAAGAGGCGCUCCAAGAAAAAAGUGACUUAAAGGAUUCCAUGAAUUCGAAAGCAAAAAUAAAAAAAACUAAAGAACAUUCGGAAAUACCAAAAGGUAGAAAACCAACUCAAUGUCAACAAUGUCAAAAUACUGGACAUAAUAGAGCUGGUUGUGAAGCAUGGCAUCAACAGCAAG